AUCAUUGAUAGAGCCAAUGGGCAAUAGGCAAUAGCCCUCUCUGUCUCUCUGAUACAUGUCAUGAUUAACUCUAUACUCUUCCCAUGUCUUUCUCUCUGUAUCUAUUGUUGUAUAUAAACAAAUAGUCCCAUCUUCCUUUUACUGUACUGCAAAAAGCAAAAGAAAAAACUCUGAGCCACACCUCCUGCUGCAAAGCCCAGCCAUUUUCUACCCCUUCUUUCCAUUUUGCUUUCCUGGAAUCCAAACAGUAGAUAAUCAGACCCAAACCCAGAUAUCUGAACAAGGAAAGGAAGAGUGUUUGUUUUGCUUCUCUCUGUUUUCUGGCAGCUGGCUUUCUUGCCCUGUUUGUCUCUUUUGGUAAAGGAGAGAGAAGAAAAAAAAUGGGUGAGAAAGAUGAUGGGUUGGGGUUAGGGUUGAGUUUGAGCUUGGGAUGUAAACCCAAUGAGAAUGAGUCUUCUUUGCACUUGAAUCUCAUGGAGAAGCCUUCACAGUCCAUGCAAAAUCAUCAACACAGAACUUCCUGGAAUGAAAUCUUUCAAUUUCCUGAUCGAAACCCAGAUGCCAGGUCGUGUCUGAGAGGAAUCGACGUGAACCAAGCUGCGGAAUUUGAAGAAGAAAACGGGGUUUCGUCGCCUAACAGCACGGUGUCGAGCCUGAGCGGGAAGAGGAGCGAGAGAGAGCCCAUUGGCGAUGAGAAUGAGGCUGAGAGGACCUCGUGCUCCCACGGAAGUGACGAUGAAGAUGGCAAUGGUGGCGACCUGUCGAGGAAGAAGCUCAGGCUAACAAAGGAGCAGUCUUUGCUGCUUGAGGACACGUUCAAGGAGCACAACACUCUGAAUCCGAGGCAAAAGCAGGCGUUGGCAAAGCAGCUGAACCUAAGACCAAGACAAGUGGAGGUUUGGUUUCAGAACAGGAGGGCAAGGACUAAGUUAAAGCAAACAGAGGUGGAUUGUGAGUUGCUAAAGAGAUGCUGUGAGAAACUAACAGAAGACAACAGGAGGUUGCAGAAGGAAGUGCAAGAGCUUAGAGCACUCAAGCUUUCACCACAGCUCUACAUGCAAAUGAGCCCUCCCACAACCCUCACCAUGUGCCCUUCAUGCGAGCGUGUGGCCGUCUCAUCCUUGUCAUCUUCUGCUGCUGCCGCCGCUUCCUCCACAGCUCCUGCAAAUGGCCAAACCUGCCAAAGUGGUGCACCCAACGUCCAGCGGCCCAUCCCGAUCAGCCCAUGGGCUACAUUGCCUAUCCAACGCAGACCACUCGAUGCAUCCGCACCCAAGUAGUAACUUGUGGUUGGAAGUUUAAUGUGGAAAGCGGAUGACUUAGACAGAAGCAUAGUUUGGUUAUUAGGAGGAAAAUGGGUGAGAAUGUGUAUGGAAGGAGAAGGGAAAAGAUGUGGUAGUGGUAGUGGACAAGGUUUUGUCAAUUGAAGCCACCCCUUGUUUCUUCAAAUUUUGGGCUUUUACGAAUUGUUAUAGCAAAAGUUAUGAAAGUGAGAUGGAGAUGAGGGUUAAAAAGUUGGAGACCAAGUUAAAAAAGAAGUCAUGUUUAUAUAUGGGAAGUGUUAGUAGGAAAAUUUCAGCGGUAACAGAAGAACCUGGGUUUUUUUAAUGAUAAUUUCAGUGGAAAAGUUGGCCUUUGAAUGUCAAUUGUUGUAACCUA